AUGGCUCUACCCCUAUCUUACACUCCUUUGAAAGACCUAAAACCAUACAAAAACGCUUGGCGUAUUCAAGUCAAAAUUCUCCACAGUUGGAAAAUGAAUACCGCUAAACUUGGUGAAUCACUCGAACUAAUUCUCGCUGACGAAACAGGUGACAAAAUAGGAGCUUCUAUCAGAAAGGAUCAUAUCAAAAAGUUUGAAUCUGAAUUGAAGCCUGGAUCUUGGAAAGUUAUAUCAACUUUUGGUUUGAAUCUCUGUACAUCCUACUUGCGUCCUUCUCUUAUUAAGUAUAAGAUUAGUACCAGAUAUGGUACCACAAUUAUUCCUUCUGAAAAUGUAUCUGAUGAUCAUUACCUAUCAUUCACAUCGUUUGAUAGUAUACUUGCUGGAAAUCUUGACAAAAAUCUCCUGCUAGACGUUAUUGGUCAAGUAGUCAGUUCUGGAGGUUUAGAAGAAAUCACAAGUCGUAACAACAUUACCAGGAAGAAAAUUGAGUUUGAGAUAAGAGACACUGAGGAUAAACGAUUAUCAUGUACUCUAUGGGAAACCUACGCUGAAGCUUUAGAUCGUGCUAUCAAUGAUUCAAGUGAUGGAAUGGUUAUGUGUUUCCUACGCUUUGUUAAACAAAACAGCUAUAAAGAAAAACGAUACAUUGAGAAUGCUUUCGAUUCUUCUAUCUUGAUGAUCAAUCCUCAGUUACCAGAGAUGGAGGCUUUUCAUAACAUUCUUCCUGCGGAUCAAUUGGCUUUAACAGUUACCAAUUCUGCUUAUGAAGAUGACGGUGAUCCUGUCCACACAUGUAAGGAUUGUGGUGCUAUUUUCUGGUAUGGAGGUAAAGUUGAUCGUUCAGUAAAGAAAGGUCGAGGUCCUUCUAUGUUUGCUCUGCAAGGCGAAAAUUAUCAUCUAAUGGGUUCUUUGAAACCAAAACCUGGCGACUAUCCAAAGUUUCAACAGUUAUAUAUUGUUGAUACUGAAAAUGAAGUAGCAAACCGAAUGAAUAUAAUGAGUAAAGGUAAAGAUGAUGAGAAUCCAUCUGAAAAGAGAAAGUUCAAAAAGGAAAUUGUUGAAAAACUGCAGAAGAUGUUGAAUGAAAUAAAUCCUUACGUACAGCAUUUUCGUUAUGCAAGAGAUAGGUUUGCUUUGGAAAAAGAAAAAGCAAAUUUCCAUAUGCGAAUCGUCUCUACACGUGAGAAAGAUGGCACCAAAUAUAAUUUGCCUACUGCUUCUGAAGUUGCUGCAUUGAUACCUGGAGAUUUCCAUACCGAAAUGAAUAAGCGUGAUAUAGUGGUUGAAAUGCAAUCUGGUAAGUUGAAAAGGAUUCAUGAGUGUCAUAUAUCUUAUCUUGCUUUGCAAUAUCCUCUUUUAUUUCCACUCGGUGAAGAUGGAUACACAUUGGGUUUGAAAAAGAGGGUUAAAAAAGGAUCAAAGAAGAAGAAGCGAAAGGAUAUAAGUAUGAGGCAGUGGUACGCGUAUAGGCUACACGAGAGGAAAGAUGAGAAACAUAUAUUAUUCCGGUCUAAGCGUUUAUUUCAGCAGUUCUUGGUUGAUACGUAUACUAUGAUUGAGUCUAAUCGUCUCCGGUACCUAAAAAAAAACCAGAAGAAAUUAAGGAGUUCAAACAUAGAGGAGAUUCAGCUCGCAGCGGAUGAAGGAGAAGAUGAUCUCACAAAUCGUGGUAACAGAGUUGUUAUUCCACCUUCUUUCACCGGUGGACCAAGUUAUAUGAGGCAAAAUUAUUUGGAUGCUAUGGCUACAUGUAAACAUUUCGGUUUCCCAGACCUUUUUAUAACCUUCACUUGCAAUGCUAAGUGGCCAGAAAUCACAAGAUUCGUCAAUCAGAGGAAUUUGAAAGCUGAUGAUCGACCGGACAUCAUUUGCAGAAUUUUUAAGCUGAAACUAGAGAAGUUUAUGGAUGAUUUAACUAAGAAACAUAUAUUGGGGAAAACAGUUUCAGCUAUUUAUCAGAUUGAGUUUCAGAAAAGAGGUCUUCCUCAUGCUCAUAUUAUUGUUUGGAUGGAUAAAAAACAUAAGUUCCCAACAGCCGAUCAUAUUGACAAGAUAAUUUCUGCUGAAAUUCCAGAUAAAGAUGAAGAUCCAGAACUCUACGAAGUUGUCAAAGAAUGUAUGAUUCAUGGUCCCUGUGGAAGUGCGAAUAUGAACUCUCCGUGUAUGGUUGGAGGAAAAUGUUCAAAGUUCUAUCCUAAGGAGUUUGUUGAUACAACAAACUUAGACAGAGAUGGAUAUCCAAUUUAUAGGAGGAGGGAUGAUGGUCGUUUUAUAGAGAAGAAUGGUUUCAAGUGCGACAAUACAUAUGUCGUCCCAUACAACAGAAAACUUUCUCUAAAGUACCGAGCUCACAUUAACGUGGAAUGGUGUAACCAAACUGGAUCGGUCAAGUACUUAUUUAAGUAUGUGCACAAAGGUCAAGAUCGUGUUACUGUAUCUGUUGAGGCAGGUCAAGAAGAGGAUGAAACAGAGUAUACCUCCGACGGUGUCAAUAUUAACUCAUCCAAAAAAAAGGAUGAUGUUCAAGAUUUCUUUGACUGCAGAUAUGUUUCCGCAUGUGAAGCUUUCUGGAGGACGAAUCAGUAUCCUAUACACUAUAGAACAACACCUGUUGUCAAACUUACAUUUCAUGAGGAAGGGAAGCAACCUGUUUUCUACAAAGAUGGCGACAAGCCAACUACCGUAUUAAAUCGCCCAACUCUUGAUCACACGAUGUUUACCGCUUGGUUUGAGUUGUGUCUAAGGGAUGAGGAAGCAAGAAAGCUUACAUAUGAACAGAUUCCAAAUAAAUACAUCUAUGAUAAAAAGGAGAAAGAGUUUCGUCCGAGAGGUAGAACUGGUUUCUCUAUUGGGCGAAUCAAUUAUGUGCCACAUAAUUUAGAAGAUUCAUACCAUCUUCGAAUUCUCAUAAACAGCAAAAAAGGUCCUACCAGUUUCAACGACAUUAAAACUGUCAAAGGUGUUCUUUAUAAAACCUAUAAAGAGGCAUGCUUCGCUCUAGGUUUGCUAGAUGAUGACAAAGAGUAUAUUGAAGGCAUAAAGGAAGCUAAUUUUUGGUGUUCAUCAAAGUUUUGUCGUAGACUUUUUGUGAUAAUGCUUAUAUCUGAAAGUUUAACUUCUCCUAAAACUGUAUGGGAAGAAACAUGGAAAAUCCUUUCAGAAGAUAUUGAGAGAAAAGAAAAACAGAGGAGACAACGUCCAGACACGGAAAAAAAGAAAUUGCUACUAAGAGAGUUACAGAAGCUAAUGAAAAGAAAUGGAUGUUCAUUGCAAAAAUACAAGCUUAUGCCACACAUAUCUCUUGAAGAUGUAACAUUGCCUAAUCAGUUGAUACUGGAUGAACUCAACUACAACCGUGAGGAUUUAGCAAAGAAACAUGAUGGUUGGAAAAAGAUGCUAACAGAAGAACAGAAGAAGAUCUAUGAUGAGAUAAUGGAAGCUGUAAUCAAUGACAAAGGUGGUGUAUUUUUUUUAUAUGGAUUUGGAGGAACAGGGAAAACAUUUUUGUGGAAAGUAUUGUCUGCAGCAAUAAGAUCAAACGGUCAUAUUGUUCUCAAUUCGGCAUCUAGCGGUAUUGCCUCUCUACUACUGGAAGGAGGAAGAACAGCUCACUCUAGGUUUGCCCUUCCUUUAAAUCCAAAUGAAACUUCUACUUGCAACAUGUCAAGAGCUCAGAACUUGUGCAAAGUUUUAAGAUUGACAAAGAAUAUGAGGUUGCUUCAAGACAUUGGUAAACAAGAGGCCAGCGAGAUAGAAGAGUUUUCUAAAUGGAUACUCGCAGUUGGAGAAGGAAAAAUUAAUGAGCCUAAUGAUGGUGUGUGUGAAAUAGAUAUCCCACAAGAGUUACUUAUUCCAGAGGGUUCCUCUCCGUUAGAGUCAAUCAUUGAAGCUGUUUACGGAAAGAACUUUGCCACUCAAAAAGAUCCUAAAUUUUUCCAAGAACGAGCUAUUCUUUGCCCUACGAAUGAAGAUGUCAAUUCUAUCAAUGAUGUCAUGUUAUCAAGUCUAAACGCUGAAGAAAGAAUUUAUCUAAGUUCUGAUUCAAUUGACCCUCAAGAUAAACAUGCUCUAAAAAAUAAGGUUUACUCACCAGAUUUUCUAAAUACCAUUAAGGUUUCGGAUAUACCUUAUCAUAGGCUUCGUUUGAAAAUAGGUUGUCCAAUUAUGUUAAUGAGAAAUAUUGAUCCGCAUGGUGGUUUAGUGAAUGGUACAAGACUGCAGAUCACCCAAAUGGCGGACCAUGUUUUGCAAGCUCGGAUUUUAACUGGUACGCGAGUUGGUAAGAUAGUUCUCAUCCCUAGGAUGUUGAUAUCACCAUCAGAUACUAGGUUGCCUUUCAAAAUGCGCCGAAGACAGUUCCCAGUGUCAGUUGCUUUUGCAAUGACUAUCAAUAAGAGUCAAGGUCAAUCUCUGGAAAAUGUUGGUAUAUACUUGCCUAGACCCGUUUUCUCCCAUGGUCAGUUAUAUGUAGCAAUGUCAAGAGUUAAAUCAAAGUCUGGAUUGAAGAUGUUGAUAACAGAUGCUGAGGGAAAACCUCAAACAAAGACCACCAAUGUUGUUUUUAAAGAAGUUUUCCAAAAUCUUCACUAG